AUGCAUGCACUUUGUAAAGGAAGAGCUGCUAUAAAGGAGAGUAUGGUACCUGAGAAACAAAACGAGAUUAAAUCAUUUCUUUCUUUAUCCCAGCUUGUAUUGACAACAGGCCACUUUGGACAAUAUGCAAUGCAAAAGCAUUCAAAAAUUUCUUAUGUUGAAGUGGAAAUUCUUGACGCUCAGACAAAGAAGCAGAUUUGCAUCCUGGAAAAAAUUCUACCUUCAUUUACAGUUGCAGAUGUCAAGCACAAGUUCCACAAAAUUUGUCCCCAGUGGCACCCUUCACGUGUUGGUCUUCAACUGGAAUGCACUGGUCCUCUCCUGAAUGAUACCAAAGUUGUUAAGAACCUUGCAGCAUCCUCCAUCGUUACAUUAUACUUCAGAGAUCUGGGAACCCAGAUAAGUUGGAUUACGGUGUUUCUAACAGAAUAUACUGGGCGACUCUUAAUCUAUUUGCUGUUCUAUUUUCGCAUACUAAAUCUGUAUGAAACAGAAGAGAUAAACCAUUCCAGCCGUCACCCAGUAGUGCACUUAGCUUGCAUCUGCCACUCCCUUCACUACAUCAAGCAAAUCCUUGAAACUCUCUUUGUGCACAGCUUUACAAAUGGAAACACAGCUCUGAAGAAGAUGCUGAAGGGAUGUGUCUUUUAUUGGGGAUUCACCAUGUGGAUGGCUUAUUAUAUCAAUCAUCCUUUAUAUACACCACCCAGCUUUGGCAAUAGACAAAUCAUUCCAGCCAUGGUCUGUUUUCUGGUCUGUGGAGCUGGAAAUUAUUUUACAAAUGUUGCCUUAGUUCAGGUGCAUAAAACAGGCACAGGGUCUCAUUUUGUAAGGCCCACAUAUAAUCCCUUUACGUGGCUUUUCAAACUGGUCUCCUGCCCCAACUACACAUAUGAGGUAAUGAAAGAUUUUGUUAUUUUGCUGUAUCAAAUCAUUUAG